AUGACCAGGUUGGAGUCAGCCCAAUCGAGCUGGCUGGAUGAGCUCCCCAGUGUCCUCUGGGCUUACCGCACCACGCCCAGGACGGCCACCCACGAGACCCCGUUCUCCUUGACUUACGGAGUAGAGGCGGUGGUGCCUGCGGAGAUUGGGCUCCCCUCGCCCCGGACACAGAACUUCGUUGCGGGGACCAAUGAAGAAGAGCUGCGGUACAGCUUGGACAUACUGGAGGCUAGGCGUGAGGAAGCAGCGGUACGGAUGGCUAAGUACAAAAGCCAACUCGCCCGCUAUCAUAACGCCCGAGUAAGAACCACACAGUACCAGCUGGGGGACCUUGUCCUGAGGAAGAACUCCGUUAGCCGGGCUCACGGCUCCAACAAGCUCGACCCAAACUGGGAGGGCCCAUACAAGGUCCUUGAGCGUAGGUUAGACCAGGGUGCUCAGUCGUCUGCUCUCUGA